AUGGAUCAAAAAGAAGAAGAUGACCCAAUUAUGCCGAUGGUCCCGGACCUGGACCCCAUGAAGACAGACUCGGCCACUGCGGUCGGCGAAGCUGAUGCUGGCUCGAAUUCGAGCCCGAACUCGACCUCGAGAUUCUUGCCACGGUCAAGUUCGAGUUCCAGCGCCAGUGCAGGCUCAGUGUAUCAUGAUACCACAGCUGACUUGGGUGCCAGCACUGCUUCCGUAUACCAUGAUGCCAAACACCCAAACCCCCCAAACCUCGAGAGCCAGUUUCUUCAUCAGUUGUCCAAUAAACAUGGAGGCGCCGAUUCCAACUCCAACUCGUAUAUCAAUGGAGAGCAGCCAGUAGACAAAGCACCUCUUCAAUUGUCCCAACCACCAGCAAGUCCUGACAUUUCGGAGCUUGAAAAUGACUCGUCACGAAAAGAGCAGCGUCCACUAGGAAUACUCAAGAAUAAAAAGUGCAAUACACAGGUGCGCUCCGAAGAAUUUGUUUCUCACGAACGAAGGCAAUGUAACAUUCCCUUGACCAAGGCGAAAUCGACCGGCAGGGUAGCUUUUGAUGCCUCGGCUUCCGAGGGGAGCGAAGCCGGUGCUCUACGAAGGAGACUAAGAAACAGCAGUAAUACCAGUAUCAUGAGGAGCAGCCAUCAACUGAUGAGCGAUUUUUCUGAAUUGGUCAUUGAAAAGGUCGAUCCAGAGCCAGAAACUGAAGAGGGCAAUCGCCAGGAAAGUGCGUUUGUCAUUGCUGUGGGUAUUUUAAUGUCCUUCAACAUGGGAUUUGUCAAUGGAGCUUGCUUCUCCGGCUUUGUCACAGGAACCAAGCAUCCGGUGGCCGGAUAUACAACACCCUACACAGAAGCAGCACUGCAAUUGGCUCAGGGAGGAUACGAACAAAUGGCUUUCCAACUUGGAAUGAUUUUCUGCUUUAUUGGCGGCUCAUACGUAUCGGGAGUCAUUACACCCAAUGCAACUCCAUAUCGAAUAGAACCCAGCUAUGGCCCCUCAUUCCUCAUGGCAGCGCUAUGCUUGGGUACGUCCAGUAUCCUGGCUGCCACGGAACACAGUCCAGAUCUGGUUUUCUAUCUUGCAGGUGUUGCUUGUGGCAUUCAGAACGGUAUCGCAUCGACCUAUAGCGCCAAGCUGAUCCGCGCCACCGGGCUGACUGGUUCCAGCACUGAUAUUGGACUUUAUCUCGGACAACUCACACGAGGCAACAAAGAAAACGCUCCCAAGCUGAUUAUACUCAUAUUGCUGAGUUUUGCCUUUUGGCUUGGAGGCCUCAUUUCGUUCUGGGUGACGCGCCACUUUACAAGCCUCACAUUGCUAUUCAGCACGGGGCUAUUUUUGCUGAUUGGGUCGAGUUUGGUUAUUUUCCUGUCGAAGAAACUUGGAAUCAGUAUCCGCGCGGCAUUGCUGGGGACUUGGCAGUGGCAACAGGCAGUCGAGAAACUUCAGGACGCUUUUGGUGAUGGUCUGGAGGGCAGCGUUGGAGGAAUGACCGAUGCGGAAUUGGAAGAGAUCUUCGAUAGAAUCGAUGUCGACAACAGUGGCACGAUUGACGCAGAAGAAUUAUACAUUCUGCUGAGAUCAACAGGUGUCAAGGUAACUCGGAGAGAGAGUGACAUGAUGCUCCAUUACGCUGAUAAGGACGGGAAUGGAACGCUGGACAAGGACGAAUGGAAGCAAGCCAUUCAUGGGGCGUUUUCAAAGAAAAGAACGAGCAAUGGUCUGGGUACUAUUUCCAAGAUGGCCACUUUCAAAAAGUCAAGGCGGAAUUUGAUGGAUGGCAUGAGCGAAACUUGA